GUUCAUCUGAGGAGAAGAUCCGUUUCGUGUAUGUUAUGUAAACAUCAAAGCAGAAAAGGUUUCAAGUCCAGAAAGUUGAGUAAAAUGACAGCCAUAAGUUCAUAUUCGCUGGAGUUAGAUCCAGAGCCGAAACAUGUAUUCGUUACCCAAAUCAGGGAAGAAGAUGAAGAGGUUAUCCCAAGUGAAGUUAAACAAGUUCCUGUUGUAACAGAGAAAAAAGGAAAAUUUCUAGAAAAUGGAAGAAAUACAUUGCAGAAAACACUAUUAUUGAAGAGAGAAGUAGAAGUAGACAAGGUUCAAUAUGAGUUGGAUAGUAAAAAGAAAGAUUUUGAUAAACGGAUGGAAGAAUGUAGAUUGAAGAAAGAAGAUUUGAAAAUAAAACAGAAAAUCAUCCAAGAACGGAUAGCAAAAUUUGAUAAAUUUGUGAAGGAAAAUGAAGCUAAAAGGAAAAGAGCUAUCUUGAAGUAUCAACAGGAAGUUAAAGUUAAAGAAAAUAAAGCAAAGGAGUUGGAAAAAUUGCACACUGAGCUUUCUUUAUUGCUGGUCAGGCAACAAAGGAUGCGUGAAAAACUUGAUUUAUACUACAAGUUCGAGAAAUAUUUGACCCUUGUGCUUGACACCAUGCCAGAAGGCUAUCUUGAAGCAACAGACAAUAUGUUAACUGGCUUGAUUAUGAGGUUCCGUACCCUUAGUUCAACAAAUAGUAGCUUGGUUGAUAGGCUCAGCAAGUGCAGUGAAGAGGUUGAGCAUGGUCAGAGAAAAGUACAGGAUCUAAAUGAGAAUCACAUGCAAGAUCUGUUGGUGUUUAAUAGUGAGUUAGCUUCUACACAAAAGGAUCUGGAAGUUCUACGAGAGAAAAACUUGAAGCUUGAGCAAGUUUAUAACAGUCAAAAACUGAACUUCAGGCACCAGACAGAAACGCUGGGGCAAAUAAUGAUAGCGAUCGAUAAUAUCGCCGACAAAUGUGCAAGAAGAGCAAAAGAAACUGAAAAUCUUACUUAUCAUCAAAAGCUUGACUUGAUCAAGGGCUAUUUAGGAGAACGAGAGGACAUUGUUUAUCAUGUGAGAUCUUCAGGAGGAAGUUUUGAGGCAGGGCUCAAGGACAAGGCGAAAGAGAGAAGAAAAGACAAACGAGAUCUGAAAGGGACAAUUUUGAAGUAAAACUUAUAUUUCUACUUCGGAUUGCAUAAUAUUCCGUUGACAAGCGUGGAUGUUCCCCCUUGUUCAUUACCCUAGGGUUUCUAUUGAAAUGACAGAAUUCUUUGAACUAUUUGUAAUAUAGUUGAAAAUAGUCAAAAAGCAGGCUGAAAGGGUAGAAUGAGAGAUUUUAUAAAGAACAGCUGGAAAGUAGUUUGUUAGGGAAAGAUGUUAGGCACACGGAUGUCUUUGAGACAUCUGUUUUCUUCUGUUGGUUCCAGUCUGAGUGUGUUCCUUGCUAAAUUUCAUCACAGCUCAAAUAUCCGACUAGGUUUCGUAGUCACAUAUUAGCCCUAGGUAGCUGCAUAAGCAAAGAAGUACAAAUAUAUAAGAAAGUAUUCCAACAUCUGCUCUUUUAAAAAGGCAAUUUCCGUGUUAUUCCAACAUGAUUUAAUUUAUUAUAAACAUUACCAUAUCGCAUUUAUGAAGGAAAGAUAAUCAGUACUCUAAGCAUUAUUUUGCUACUUUUAGUGACAACAAAGCUGAUAAACUAAUUACUUUCUUGAGGUCGUUGGUAUAGUUGAUAGAAUGUUUUAAGUGAGUGGAGCAUUCACGUUAUUUAGAGCAUGCAAAACAGCACGAAACCAAGCUGCCAUUGACGCGAAAUUCUGUUGUUUUGCCUGAAAUUCUGUGUUCAAGCAUUGUAGAUAAAUUUCUAGCCAGCCAUAUAUUGUUUUUAAUACUGCAUGUGAAUUUUUGUGUAAAUUGCAAAAUUUGUAGAUUUUGAAGAUGAUCGUGUAAAUUUUAUAAGUUAUUAGCAAAUAGCAUAGCAGCCUGUAGAUAAUUUUAUAAUGUUAAAGAACAGCGUAGAUUAUAAGCACAUACACCAAUAUAACUUAAAAAUACAUAAUAAUCUCUGACUUUUAUGUCUCAUAGUUUACAUUUUGAUAUUGACAUAAUUAAGUUGUUUAAGUUUUCAGAUUAUAGAUAUUCCAGUGAAUGUAAUCUCGAAAACAGUGAAAAUACCAAUCAACUUUGUCUUGUUGCAUUUUCUCAAAUUUCUCAGUCAUUGAUUCUUUGUUUUUCUAAAACCUUGAAUUCCUUAUCCCUACAUUCGCCUAAUUUUGGUUAUCCUCAGUUCCGUUGCAUAUUCUUUCUGCGUACCAACUGUUUUUUCUUCAUAAAUGAACGACUGCCACAUGAAAAUCACUUUUCUUCCAGAUAAAUGUGCUCACUUCUCUCCAUUGCGAAUGCCUGAAAUGAAUUCUUUAACGCUGCAUGUAUGUUUGAGUUUCAACGUAUUUGGCUUCAAAUUGAUUGCUAUCGUCAGAUUUUCCACCUUCAAGGCGGAUUUUCGUAGCUAAACUUGCGCAGUAACUGCUGUGACGGUGUAGUGUUUUUAACUUGUCAGAAUAAAUUGCGCGUGGUAAUGAAGCAAAACAGCAGUCCUUACAAGCCGUAUCUGAUAUCUUAUUCUAUCAGUUUCUUGGUAGAAUAUGAGUUCAAAACAUCAUCCCGCUUUAUAUUGUGAAUCACAAUAUAUUGUUUGUAGUUUUAACUGUAUUAUACUUAUAAGACCAUCUCCCUUUCCAGAGACCUAAAUACCUCUUACCUACAUCAUUGUACAUUAUAGGUACUUUACACAAGCAAAUCUUCAUAUAAUAAAUAUAUUGAUUGGUUGCGAGUGAUUAUACGUUAGAAGCAGGAUUACCAAAACAAUCAAGAUACAACUGACCCUCUCUGAUACUAAGAAAUUCAAACAAAAUUCAUAUCUGCAAAAAUAACAGACAGUUGAUAAUGUCAACUACCAUGGCCUACAACAAAAUGACCUACCCAAAACUUGAUGAAUCUUUACGGGAAUUCAGCUUUGGAUCAAACCUGUAUUGGAAGGGGUAAUAUUAAUUGGGUGAAAAGUAAAAUAAUAUUAUAGUUGGUAUGCUUAAUAGAAAGGCACAGAUUCUCUGAUUCUAAAAAAAUGCUCUAAUUUCAACGCAGUGGAGUGGAAUGCAGUGGAGCCUGAUGCUCGACAUGAUACUUAUGCAGAACUUUAGCUUUUUGAAUUGAUCAACCUAUCAUGUCCUGAAGUGCUUGCAGAGAAGCGUGUAUUUUGCAGGCACGUUCCUUCACAGCAACAUGAUUAGGCGUGUGAAUAGACUCACAAUUCAUACCUAUGAAAAAUAUUCGUCAAACUCCAAUCACACAAGUGGUUGAUCUGGUUGGUUAUAGUAAUACCUUUCGUCUUGAAAAGUGCUUUCGUAUGAUACUUUGUCUAAAGAUUAUAAAUCUAAACCCAAAAGUUCUUCUUUUUAUAACAGUUAAUUUGCUUCGCUAAGUACAAGGCAACGUAGCUUUUUUGUAGACCUGAAAAUUUGUUCACUGCCAAUACAGUUACGUUCAAUCCUUCAAAAUAUACUGGCUUUACUGAGCAUAUUUCCAUAUGAGCGUUUCGUAUGCAGAAUUUUCAUGGCUUAAUUUGCUUGCUGCCCUGUAUGUUCUACUCUUUGCUAGUAUUUUCUUAAAGGAAAAGUUUUGGCAAGUGCGAGGUAAAUUUCUAUUGAAUUAAAAAUUGUCUGUCUCUUUCAAGGCCACGAUCCGCGCUUUCUAGGCCAACUUUGAAACAAAUUUUCCAGCGUUUGAAAGAAAAAUUCUGCUUGUUUUCAACAUACCGACAGAAUCUUGAAACUCAUUGCAUCUUUUAUCAAGAAGGAAAGCUAUCAUGCGGUCCACUUUCAUUACAUUCUGCGUUUGAGAAUUAAUAAUAUGGUUAUAGAAGGACUGCGGGAGAUUAACUCUGUUAGCGAAAUCAGACGCUCAGUAACAAGUUCUAGGAUUUUUCUACCACAUUCAUUUAUUGGUCUUGUAAAAUCCGGCAUUUUUGGAAAUGAAAGGAAAUUAUAGGAGACAU